CAAAUAUGCAUUUAGCUUAUGUUGGACUGGGCAUCACAGGAAUUGGAUGCGCGUGUGCAGCCAUCGGAUGGGCACUGCAGAAGCAAGCCUUUAAUCUAAUCCACAACUCAGAGAAAUCAGUGUUCAAGAGUAUGCAUUGGUGGAUAGGACUCGUAUUCAUAAUUUUAACACAACCAUUUUACCUAGUCGGUAUCUCAAUGGUGAAUCAGUCAACAAUCGGUGUAGUAGGGCCAUUUUCGCUUGUUGCUAAUAUGCUGUUGGCCAAAUUCUACCUCAAAGAGCCUAUACGAAAGUGAGAAUAUAUAGGCCUGACAUGUUUCGUAUUUGGCUGAAUCAUCACUCUGAUGUAUGCAUCAAUGGAGAAUAACAGAUAUUCGCAAGAGAAGUUUAACGAGUACUUCUUCUCAACUGUCUCAAUGACUUAUCUUUUUGUAAACCUACUUCUGAUUAUGGUUGGCUUGGUAGCUUCUGACUAUAUAAUCCAAGCUAACCCUACUGAGAUCAACUCUUUGAAUGAGAAAGAACUUGAUGAAAUAAUCCCUGAAAUUGUCAACACAGAGGAGGACCAGGAAGAGGAUAAUUUAGAGGAUCGAACUAUCAACGUGGCUGAUGACAACCAUAUUCGCUCACAAGUGGAUUCAAAAUCUGAUACUGUAGAGUACGCUAUUAGACAUCGCUCACCAGAAAAGAAUUCAUUCAUUUUAUCUCUAUUUAAAUCCAAAAGAUGGAGAAUUGUACCAUUACUUCUGUAUCCGUACACUGGAUGUUUCUGCACAUCUCUCACAAUGACACUAUCAAGAGGUUUAACCGGGAUGGCUCUAGCUGAUGGAGAGGAAACCAACUCAAAAUUUGCUGGAAUAAUGCCAAAAAUGUACUUAUUCGGAAUAGUGUUCAACUCAGUUCUAAGCUAUUACAUGCUAAACAAGGCCUUAAAGAACUUUAACACUGUAUAUGUCAGUCCAUUGUUCAAAGCCGGAGACCUAUUUCACAACUUACUGAGUGGUGGCAUCUUCCUGCGAGAAUUCGGAGAGUACGAAUCCUGGUUUGAUUUUAGUUAUUUCCUAGGAGGAAUCAUCAUUUGAAUCAUUAGCAUCUCCCUCUUACUUCUUGGGAACGACAAUCUGGAAGCUCAUAAAGAUAAGGAGAGAUAAUUUUCAAUUAUUCUUA